AUGUAUCGUGCCGUCUGCUGCUCGCGGGAGAGGUCAUCUUCCGUCAUCAGUUCGUCACCACUCGACGCAGUCGCGGCGGUACCCAAAGAAUAUUCCAUCGAUGAAUUGCUACCCGACGGGCGCGCUGGAACCGACUACUCCCUGCCAUCUCCCGGCGGCAUCAACCUGGCUAAAUUAUUUUGGUGGGCUGAGAAAAAAUUGCUUCCCUUGUACAACCGCCUGCCGGUGAACCCGGCUAGAAAAUGGGCCCAACGCAAAUCAGUGCAAUGGAUACUGGACCACCAGGAAGCCGACGGGAGUUGGGGAGGCAUUCAACCACCCUGGGUUUAUAGCCUGAUGGCGUUGAGUGUAUGCGGUUUCCCGAAUGCACAUCCGGUCAUGCAGCGAGGGUUCGACGGUCUCGAAGCGUUCGGUAUUCAAAAAGGCGACCACUGGACGGUUCAGGGGUGCAUCUCUCCGGUUUGGGAUACUUGCCUGAUACUGCAGGCGCUGACCGAGAGCGGAACGUCCACGGACGAUAAAUCAGUGGCAUCGGCAACGCGCUGGCUGGUGAACAAGCAGAUCCUGACGGCUGGUGAUUGGCAGGUACAGGUCCCGCACGCCCAGCCAGGAGGGUGGGCCUUUGAAUUCCAGAACGAUCGCUACCCGGAUAUCGACGAUACGGCAGAGGUAGUGCUGGCAUUGCGCCAGGGGCGGCUCCCCGACGAAGAAGACCAUCUACGCGAGCAGGCUAUUGAACGAGCCGUAGCCUGGAUUUCCGAGAUGCAAAACCGUGAUGGCGGGUGGGCAUCAUUCGACAAGAACAACCAUCACACUUACCUUACGGCACUGGCAUUCAGCGACUUUGGCGAGGUAGUAGACCCAUCAAGUGCCGAUGUGACGGCCCAUGUACUGGAAAUGUACGGACGACUGGGUCAACGAACCGAUAACCGCGCCCUGCAGGAUGCCUAUCGUUAUUUGCGGGCCGAACAGGAAGACGAUGGCAGCUGGUUCGGCCGGUGGGGUGUGAACUACGUGUACGGGUUGGGAGCGGUGCUGCCCGCUCUGGAAGCGCUGGGGGAAGACAUGAAGCAGGCUUAUGUGCGGCGGGCUGUGGAAUGGCUGCUGGCGCACCAGAAUGAGGACGGGGGAUGGGGAGAAUCCUGCGCAUCUUACGUUGACGCAUCCAAACGCGGGGUGGGUCCCAGCACCGCGUCGCAGACUGCCUGGGCGAUUCUCGCCCUCUUGUCUACCGAUUGUGCCGAUCAUCCCGCGACGCACUGUGGAGUAGAAUACUUGCUCCGCACCCAACAACCCGAUGGUCAAUGGGACCAACCUUAUUUUACGGGAACCGGCUUCCCCGCGGGUUUUAUGAUUAACUAUCAUUUGUACCGAAACACCUGGCCCCUUUUGGCGUUGGGGCGCUACCGGAAUCAAAUGCGCCAGGCUGACGGGAACGCUAUUCAGAUUGCGACGUCAAUUUGA